CUGACGUCACAGCCCCGCGCGUGACGCCACCGGCGCGCCGGAUGUGCGUCACUGGGCGGCGCGCCCGGCCCGGCCCGUCCUGAACCGGCGCGGCCGCCGCGAUGAACAGCGUGGGCGAGGCGUGCACCGAGCUGAAGCGCGAGUACGACCAGUGCUUCAACCGCUGGUUCGCCGAGAAGUUCCUCAAGGGCGACAGCGCCGGCGACCCCUGCGGGCAGCUCUUCAAGCGCUACCAGCUCUGCGUGCAGAAAGCAAUCAAGGAAAAGGACAUACCCAUAGAGGGCCUAGAGUUCAUGGGCCCGAGUAAAGGAAAAAGUGAAAACUCCUCUUGAUGUUGGCUGUAUGGGUGGAGUCAUUAAUAGAAGCCUUUGGACUAAGCACCAUCACCAGGUGGACCACAGCUGCCACCUGGAUAAGACCUUUGUUAACUUCUUUCUAGGAAGUGACAAAUGUUCUCUGCUUUUGAAAACAGCUAGAAGAAAAAAAAUUACUGGAUCACGUCGUAGUUGCUGCCUCCUUUCCAGUGAAAGUGGUUCAGCAUCUAAUGGCUCAAAAAUCCAUGUGACCUAACUUCCUACUGAAUGUACUUGGUAAUGGGGGAAUUCUGGUUGGAGUGGGCUGAGAUGGUUUCUUUGUGACCGAUUUCUUCUGCUUAUUUAUAUAACACUUGAAAGUGUCUAAAAGAAUAUGAAGGGGUUAAUGUACUUUCUAUUAUCUCUGCUGCUGAAUUUUUGGUGAAGAAGUUAGUUUCAUGUCAUCCUGAACACUGAAGGGCUUAAGCACUGUUUUGUGUCAGCUACACAGAUGAUUUAAAAGCACUAGUGGACCUGCAACAGCUUGGCUAAAAUAAAUAUAACCAGGUUAUAUUUUGUUUAAGUAGGUAACUGUGCAGUAGAGUCUGAUUGUGACUCCUGGGAGGGAUGGGAGGGAUGGAAGGGAUGGAUGGCCUGUUCAGCAGCUGAAGAGAAGACUUUUAAUGCAGAGGUUACUUCAACCUUUUCUGAGGUACCAACACAUCCAUUAACUUGAAUCCUCUCUCCUUUAGCAUUACACAUUUCUGUGGUUUGAUCCUCACACAGGGAUGGGGCAAAGCUUGCCCCUCUCCUUACACCAACACAGGUGAAAGAGUAAAAGAUAUAUGCCUGAGGACAAAAAUUCAUAAUUCUAGAAUUACAGUGAGUAAAAAAGAAAGCUUCACUCUCUGUUUUUAAUUCCUACUAAUUAUUUAAAGGUUUUAUUUAAAAAAAAAAAAAAAAACCCAAAGCUAAAAGGAUGCAGUUCUCAGACAUUACAGCUGGCCUGUCCAUACCACAGCCCCUCACAGAGCCCAGACAGAGUCCUGUGGCCUUGUGCAGAGGAUCAGGAACUGCUGCAGCCUGAGGCUGUUGUUCCUGUGCCCGUCACAUACCCAGGUGAGCCACACUCUUGUUCUCAGGUGCAGAGAGCUCCAGAGUGCCAGCACAGGGGUUAAAUAUAACACUGAAAAAACAGGCUGUUGCCAAAGUGCUGUGUCACUCAGGUAUAAAUAAAAACGGGUCUAAGGGAAGGAUGUAUAAACAGCAUUUUGGAGACAGUCAACUAUGUAGCUUUUUUUUUAAGGAGUAACACACAAAACCAGUUUGCUUUUCUAUGAUCUUCAUAUAAGGCUAAAUGUGAUGUGACUGUCAGCUUUAAAACUGUGCCCAUCAGUGCCUUGUACUUUCAGCAUAGGAAAACUUGUCUCAGCAAUCUUUUGCUGGUAAGCAGACAAAAAAAAAAUCACAUGGAAACACAGGGAAGGGCUUUGAGAUUCUCUCUUGUUAUCCAUCACUUCUUUCAACAGCAAGAUGUCAAAGCAGCUGCUGCAGUCUACGUUUUGGGAAGAACCACAUUGAUGAUAGUUGAGAUAGAGCUACGUUUGUGCAAAAAAUAGAGAAGUUACAGUAAGAACUGGAAAAUGGUUGACUUGUAGUGAGCAAAAACUUGAAAAUGAAGGUUGUACUGGCACAGGCUCAGGCUCUUGGCUCACUAAUCCCUUCAAGCAGCUUCUACAUGACACAGUACAUGUUAUACAAACAUAAGUACUAGAGCCAAAACUGUGUUUUCUUCGGCAAAACCUGUGUGAGAGACUUUAUACAGAUUGCAGCUUUAUGAAAAGCAGAGUGGUGAGCAAGGUAUGUGCUGAUGUACCUGAAAAUUUGAAAGCUGAAGGUGAACAGUGUGAAGGCAGAGCUUAGCUCAACAUCAUCUUUACUGCCACUCCCUCUGCCAGAAAGAGACCAAGAGAAAAUCACCUUCAUGACUGUUAAUAAAUAUUGCAAAAGCUGA